AUGGGCUGGUUUUGGGGAAGCAACAGCAAUAGCGAAAGCAAAGAUGCGCUGAACAACCUGGAUCCGUCGCUGCGAGAGUUUCUGGACAAGGAAUCCAAGACGCGCCAACAGCAACAGCAGCAGCAACCCACACAACUACCACAAGACGCUCCCUCAUAUCGCUCACAAAUCGGCAUCGCUGAAGACCAACCGUCGCAACCCGCGCAACUUCAAACAAACGAGAAUGCAGCACCGCCGCAAUCACUCUUCCAAGAUGGCAGAUACGCCCACCUCUGGAAGAAUUACCGCUCGCAAGAACAAAUCGAACAGGCUGGACGUAGCGAAAGCGAACAACUAGCCGACGUCAUAGACACCUACAACGACCGCAAAGCACGAGUCGCGCGAGCGGCACUUGAGAACUGCGCACUGGAGCAAUGGGCCGAGCACGAAUGUUUUGAGAGCGGCGGCAUAAAGGCAAAACUCUAUCUCUGCAAGGAGCCCACCCGCGCAUUCAACCGCUGCUACACCAUGCAAGCUCGCUUCCUCAAGGCAUUGGGAUACAUGAGCAUGCAACGCACAGCCGACGAGGAAGAGCGCAUUCAAAUGCAUGCAGAUAAACUCUACCACGAAAUGCUGGACCGUGAAAAGGCUAUGAAAGAGGCCGAGGAGAAGAAGCUGCCCACACCAGAGUUUAAGCCACUCAUCACAAGCACAUCGACGACGGAAGCUUUGGGUGCUCAACAACAAGCUGCGGAACCACAAGCGACAAAAGAAGGCUUAGACAUGUACACGGGAGAGAAGCGCAAAGCUAUUGAGCAGUCUCUGGCAGACAAGAAGGGUUCGGAGCGGGAGCUUGAGAUUGAGCUUAUGGCUGCCGAAGCAAGAGCCAAUGCAGAAUAUGCAGCUGUCGUCCAUGAGCAUUAUGAAGCAGAGAAGAAGAUUCGAGAAAGCAGGAGGGAGCGCGGUAGAGAGACUGUCGGCGAUACCAUCAAGAGAGCUUGGGGUUGGGAUUCGAAGUAG